AUGAAGAGAACUUUAUUAAUUAUUGCUUUAAUAAGCAUAGCAACAUGCCAAGUUGUAAAUAAAAGUGAAGCUUGUACUUGUACAUAACUUUUGACACUUGCUGAUUGUGGAAGAAACCCAGGCUGUUCAUGGAAUACAACCAAAUUAGCUUGUGAAGUUCCUUAAAGUACAGGACCUGUGACUGUGACCAAGAAUUAUGGAAAAUCACUCUAUUGUGAAGGAUAAGCACAAACAGAUUGUCUUAAAUUAAAUGAAUGUGCUUGGAUAGAUAAUAAAUGUACAUUUUUCACAAGUUGCACCCCUUAUGAGAAAGCCAACAAAGAUGAAUGUUAAGAAAUAUCAAAAAGAUGUAUAACAGAUGGAUAAAUUUGUGUUGAAAUAGACUUAUGUUCUACAUACUUAACAUCAACAUCUUGUUAUUAAAGUAAGACAACAUACUGUGUUUGGGAUGAACCUACUAAAAAAUGCUCUGAUGUGACUGAAUGUGGUUAAUUACCAAUAGCUCUUACUAAAGAUUCAGAAUGUAGAUUGUACUUAAAGAAAGAAUGCACAGCUAAACCUGGAGGAGGAUGUGUAGAAUCAGGAACUAAUUGUGAAGAUCAAACUUCUAUAGAAGGAUGUGUGACAAAUAAGGCUAGAUCAGUUACAUGUUAUUGGAAUGAUUUGGAUAACAAAUGUACUGAGAAGAAAUGUGAGUUUGCUAAAAAAAGUAUUAACACUCAUGCUGAUUGUUAAAUAUUCUCUGAAAAAUGUACAGCUAAUGAAGGCGGAGGUUGUGUUGAUCUUAAGACAUGUGCAGAUGGUAAAAUAAGUGAAGGAUGUAAAAUUGAUAGUGCAGGAAAGGAUUGUUAUUG